CGACCGUCGCCGGGCUUCUUUGCCUCUGACUUCGUUCAUCUGAUUCCAUAUCACUGCUAUGCUUCAAAACCAAUGAGACUACUAGGGAGGCAUUCUUGGAUGGUAAAUCUAUAGGGCAAUAUUCAGACUGGCUCAGACAUACUAUAGGCAACAACUGCAGCCCAGACAGGUUGAGUUACAUCCCUAGAUGUCAACUCAGCUGCUGAGACUGCCAAAACCCUCGCUAGCAUCUGUUUCUCACCGUGAACAAAUCGCACAGACCAUAUCUCCCCUCAAGCGUGUUCGGCCCCAUGUUCCGUUCUGGAAGCUCAGCGCUCAUCGGGUACCUACGCUAUGGACACUCUACCGCGGACUCUUGAAGAAUGCGGGAGACGAUAAUAUCAGAUUCAGAAUACAGCGACUCUUCCGAGUCUACCGCUCUCUAACGAGCCCCAAAGCCACAAUCGCUCGACUUCAGCAAGGACACAGAUGGCUUGAGAUUUUCAAGAAUGCGCAACAAGGCAACACUCACCUCCAGGCCGUCCUAGCACGUUACGCCAAGAUGAUAGACCAUAAACGCAAGAAAGAAGAGUUCCACUACAUCCUUCGUCAAGAGGCCCUCUGGCAAGCCCGUCUCCGCAACCGCCCCAUCAUCACCGGCUCUCCAAUGCGUCCCACUCAAUUCCACGGUCCUCUACCACGCAUGAAACCCCAACCUGCACAUAUCGGCGCUAUGAUCCGCAAACGCAUCAUCGCUCGCGAUCGUAGACUCGAAGAUACCUACCGGAUCAAAUCAUGGCUCGAAGAUGUUCAACAGGAGGUCAAGUUCGAGAGGAGUCUUGCGAGAACGGCGAGGGAUGUGCCUUUCGAGCGAGUUUUCAGUGGCCGAGUUCAAAAAGACAUCCGGGCGGAGAGAAGGGAUAGUGAGGCCGUAGACGAGAGGGGUGACACCGAUAAGAUAGAGUCGAAGGGUCCGGAAGGAUAUCCUACGAACACAAAGCCAGAAACACUACAAGACGAAUGGCAGCACUGGCUCCAAGAUCACCUCCAACUCCACGAAUCCUCCUUCGCCCUCGAAAAAACCCGCUCUUCCCUCCCGUUCCCGCCAACCCUCCUCUCCCUCAUGAAACGCGCCCGCAUCGAAAAAUACCACAACAAGGAACGGGAAGCAGAGCGCGAAGCCCGUGGUGAAGUCCUCGCUAAUACUCUCAAGAGAAGGGGAAGCGGGUUCCCGGUCGCGGUGAGGCAGAAGUGGAGUAAGCGGAAGUAUGAGGAGAUGCAUGUGAUGAAGAGGAGUAAGGCGGUCGUGGGAUAUGUGGGGAUGUUGAAGAGGAAAUAUGGUUGGAAAGUGCCUAAGGAAGAGGAUAGGUACGAUGGGAGGGAUGAGCAGAGGCUAAGGGGGAGGGAGGAGACCAUUAGGAAGGUCAUGGAGAUAAGGAGACAAUGGGCAGAGAGGAGUGAGGUAGAGGGUGCGGAACCGAUGGAGAGGGAAAGGAGGCGGGAGAGCGAGAUGGAAGCUUUGAAGAAGUUGGAUGAGGCGGAAGCGGGAAAAACCCGAGGCCGACUGUCGCUCAGGAGAUGGAGGGAGUUGGUCAGGAAUUAUGCUCGGACGCAUCGAGCAGCAACCUCUGCGAAGACGCCGAAACCGUCGAAACCUGUUAGGCUCACGACGAAGCAGUGGAAGGAACUUGCACGGCAGAAACUCGAGGCAGCGUAGAUUGGCCUCAGUAUAUGGUUGCAGAUGGUUGUGCGAUGAUUUGGCCAAUCGGGAGGAGAAAUAUGUUGACAGCCGUUUUCGGUCCAAAACCCUAGUCGCACCAUCGCUGAGUUACGACCAAUAUUAUACUAUCUGUAACUGACCAGGAUGUUGAGGCACGACUCGACGGCUUCCAGCAAAAUCUAUACA